UGCCUCACGCUGUCCCCCCACACUGACUGGGACUCACUCGCCGCAGAUCCCCAAACCUCUCCGCCGCCGCGCCGGCUCGCCUCGCGCGCCAUGGCCGCCUCCGCCUCCGCCUCCGCCACCGCCUCCCUCUCCCACCUCCUCCUCGCGCGCAAGCCAGACCCCGCGCCUCUCCCCUCCCGCCGCGCCCCCGCCCUGCUCCCCUUGCCGCGGCGGCGCGGGCAGCGGCCCAUCUCCGCCGCCGCCGCCGCCUCCGACCUCCUCUACGCCGCACCCUCCCUCAAGUCCCGGCUCGCCGCCGGGGAGACCCUGUACGGGCUCUUCCUCCUCUCCUUCUCCCCCACGCUCGCCGAGCUCGCCGCCCUCGCCGGCUACGACUACGUCGUCGUCGACAUGGAGCACGGCCCCGGCGGCGUUCCCGAGGCGCUGGCCUGCCUCCGCGCCCUCGACGCCGCCCGUACCCCAGCCGUCAUCCGCCUCCCCGAGGCCGGCCCCAUCUGGGCCAAGAAGGCCCUCGACCUCGGCCCCGCGGGCCUCAUGGUCCCCGCCGUCGAGUCCCCCGCCGCCGCGGCCGCCGCCGUGUCGCACUGCCGCUACCCGCCCCGAGGCGUUCGCGGCGCCGCCCACCCCAUCGUCCGCGCCUCCGCGUACGGCCUCGACGACUCCUACCUCUCCCGCUGCGAGGACGAGACGCUAAUCAUCUGCCAGGUCGAGACCGCCGCUGGCAUUGCGGAGGUCGACGCCAUUGCCGCCGUCGACGGCGUCGACGUCGUCCAGAUGGGACCGCUCGACUUGUCAGCCAGCAUGGGGUACCUGUGGGACCCAGGGAACAGGAAGGUGCGAGCCAGGCUGAGGGAGGCCGAGAAGAAGGUGUUGGAUGCCAGGAAGAAGAAUGUGACAGCUUCAGAUGGCAAUGUCGCAUAUCUAGGCGGAUUCGCCAUGCCGAACGACCCGGCAGAGCAGCUCAAGCUGAGGGGUUACCACAUGGUGUCUGGUGCAGUGGACAUUGGGAUGUUCCGGAAGGCGGCGUUGGAGGAUGUCAAGCGGUUCAAGGAGGCAGUGAUGGAAAUCGGCGAGGAGGAAGGCGAGGAGGACGAUGAAAAGAAGGACAAGGAAGACGACGGGUACUGGAGUGAGUGAGCACUGAGCAGAGUUGAGCUGAAGAUGAUCAAGGAACUGUGGUGAUGGUGUCUUUUGUUUGUCUUCUGAAUUCAGAUUGAGAGGUCUAAGUGGUUCCAUUUUCCAGGGGCCUCUGGUGUACUCUUGUUUAGUUGUCAGGUCGAUUUUGAGAACAUCAUGUUUGGGCAUCUUAGGAUUCCCAUUUGUAGGUGGUAACUUCUGAGUACCAAUAAAAGCCAGAUUUUUAUAUCAUUCAGAAAAGGUUGGAUUUUA